AGAUCAGAUACAGGGUUUAAGAUUCGGUCCAUCCAUCCUUCAGUCCUCUCACACUCUUGAAGAAGGCCGGCAGACAAACUGAUCAUUGUCAUUCAUCUGAGGAAGCCUCGUCCGCUCCCGCUCCGAACGAGAUGCAGUGCAGCUGCAGCUCCUCAGUGGGACACCUUUCAUCACCUUACUGGAGCAGAACAGUGCUUUUCCCUGAUUGGGCGUACAAACCGGCGUGGUCGCCAGGGUCCAGGCAGGUGCAGCUGUGGCACUUCCUGCUGGAGCUGCUGGGGCGUGGCGAGGGCGGGGCCAUCGGCUGGGGAGGAGAGUGGGGCGAAUUCGUCAUCCGUGAUCCAGAGAGGCUCGCCCGGCUGUGGGGGGAGAGGAAGGGCAAACCACACAUGAACUACGACAAGCUUAGCCGGGCGCUCAGAUAUUACUACAACAAACGCAUCCUGCACAAGACCAAAGGGAAAAGAUUCACCUACAAGUUCAACUUCAACAAACUCAUCCUGGUCAACUAUCCAGGACACCCACCACCACCUCCACCACCACCACCACCUCCACCUCCAUCCAGUCAUCAGCUGGUGCAGAGCGGCCCUCUUCCCUUCCCUCUCCUCCCCUCUGAGAGUGGUCUUCCUCUGUGUGGAGGAGCGGGCUCGGUGAUGGACAGAGCAAUCCUCCCUGUGCCUCGCCCCUUCCUGUUCCCGUGCUGCCUCCCAAAGCCCAUCUCCACACCUCACGCUCUCCACGGCCACUACCCCUUCAUCUCUGCUCCUGCACAUUCGGGGUCCGACCCGAGGGAGCUGAAGGUGUCAGGUCUGCUGCCUCUGACCUCGCUCGGCGCUAACGCCUGGCCCCACCGGAGCCCUGGACGCUGGGAUCAUCUGAACCACUUCAGUCGAAGCCUGUUUGUUGGAAUGAGGCAGACUGAAAGUGAAGGAGACGGGAGGAGAGGGGGGAGUAACACACAGAUGGGGGAGAGGGAGUGAAGAGAAGGCACACACUAUAACAGAUGGACAGCUAUCCUUCCUCAAAUAAGCACUGUGUUUGUAUUUUACUCAUUAUACAGUCGUUCAUUAUUCAUUGCCUGUGAUACACUGACUUUGUAUUUAUUGAGUUUUUCCAUUAUGUAUUUUCUUGCUGCUGAAUAGAGAUGUUCAGGAAGCUGCUUUUCUUCCGUCAGCACUUCAUGCCACAGUAGGGGAAUUGCACUUGUAAACAAUUAACAACAUGGCACUUGCGUUUGAGUCAAUAAAGCAGAACUCUCAACUUGCAUUA